AUUUUCGUAUUAUCUUGCACGUAAAGUUGUUCUACUUUUGAAACUUGUAAAACAAACGAGGAAAGGCAGUGUUGUUGAAAUCGAAAAAGGAAAGUGUUUUGGUUGGAUCAAUGGGGUUGUGGUUGUGGGAAGCCUUCGUCAAUUGGUUACGCAGUCUCUUUUUCAAGCAAGAAAUGGAGUUAUCUUUGGUUGGACUUCAGGAUGCUGGGAAAACAUCACUUGUAAAUGUUAUUGCAACUGGUGGAUUUAGUGAAGACAUGAUUCCUACGGUAGGAUUUAAUAUGAAAAGGAUAACUAAAGGGAAUGUGACAAUAAAGUUAUGGGACCUCGGAGGUCAACCAAGGUUUCGCAGUAUGUGGGAGAGAUACUGCCGAGCUGUUUCAGUUAUUGUUUAUGUUGUUGAUGCAGCUGAUCAUGACAAUUUACCUGUCUCUAGAAAUGAACUUCAUGACUUGUUAAGCAAACCUUCUUUAAAUGGGACUCCCAUACUGAUUCUGGGUAACAAGAUUGACAAACCUGGUGCUUUGUCUAUGCAAGAUCUAACAGAGCAGAUGGGACUAAAAUCCAUCACUGAUAGAGAAGUUUGCUGCUUCAUGAUCUCCUGUAAAAACUCCACCAACAUUGAUACAGUUGUUGAUUGGCUUGUAAAACAUUCUAAAUCAUUGAACUGAAGCUCAAGCUCUUCCCUGUAAAUCUAUUUGUAUGUUGUAUUACAGAUGAACCUAGCUGAUUGAAGUGACUUCUGUUGGUGUGAUACUAGUUUUCAUUUUCAUUUUAUUGACUAGCUUAUAUCAAACCAGACAUGUCAUUUGAUAUAUACUUAUUGUGAAUUA